AAAACUCACAUUCUCACAUGACCCAAUAGAUCAGUUGUCCUCGAUUCCAUCAAAUACAACAGUAUACCACCUUUUUUUUUUUUCUAGGUUACCAAACAGUCGUGGGAAUUAUUUUGACCAUAAUGGAGUAAUAUCCUAAAUCUGUAGUCCCAUGGUGGUUGAGCAAUCCAUCUAUUCUGGGAACUAACUCACCAUAAAUGCAAGACUCUUAUUCCAGCUUUCUUGCAGUUAAUGUAAUAGCCUUUCCAGUGGUACAGCUCCUCCAAUCUUGAGGUUUAAACCCAUCUCUAUUCGUGUUUAUCUUACCAACCAACUGUCAUCUACUUUUAGGCGUGUAGGCCAGGUUUUGCUUUCAUUUGGCAUUUCCCGGAUUUUUAAUUAGAUUGGGUAUGUAGCUCAUCGUCUUGUGUUUAUAAAUUAACGAUUAUACCCGUCUUCUUCUUUCAAGCAAGCAACCAGAAAAAAACCCUCGCAGAGCUCUACAAGAAUGGAUUGCAUAGAGAUGGAUAAUGAGAGAUUGAUGGCGGAGAUGGAUUUUAAAGACUCUUCCUCUGCCGUCAUUAGAAUCCGUCGACGUUUACCUGACUUCUUACAGUCCGUCAAACUCAAAUAUGUAAAAUUGGGUUAUGGCUACUCAUGUAACCCUGCUACUAUACUCAUGUUUCUCAUAAUUUUCCCUUUGUCCAUAGCCACGCUUGUUCAAUUCACUGGUCUUCAACUAGAGCUGGUUUACGAGAUAUGGACGACUAGGACUCUGAAACUUCAUGAGAUCGACGCCGCCACCAGACUUGCCGGUUCUGCGUUAUUAUUCAUUCUUCUUGGAGUCUAUUGGGCCAAGCGGUCGACACCCAUCUAUCUGGUGGAUUUUGCAUGUUACAAACCGGAAGAUGAACGGAAGAUGUCAGUUGAAGCUUUCUUGAAAAUGACGGAAGAUAGUGGCUCGUUUGACGAAGAAACUGUUCAAUUCCAGAGGCGGAUAUCGACGCGGUCGGGUCUAGGAGAUGAAACUUACAUAUCAAGAGGAAUAACGUCCACCCCACCUAAUUUGUGCAUGAAGGAAGCUCGGGCGGAAGCCGAGUCAGUCAUGUUCGGGGCACUGAAUUCUCUUUUCGACAAAACUGGAGUUAAACCGAGAGAUAUUGACAUUCUCAUUGUGAACUGCAGCUUGUUUAACCCAACUCCAUCUCUGUCCUCCAUGAUAGUGAACCACUUCAAGCUUAGAACAAACAUUAAGAGUUACAAUCUUGGAGGAAUGGGAUGCAGUGCGGGGCUUAUCUCUAUAGACUUGGCUAAAGACCUUCUGAAAGCAAAUCCCAACGCUUAUGCAGUUGUGGUAAGUACAGAAAAUAUAACACUAAAUUGGUAUUUUGGCAAGGAGAGGUCAAUGUUACUUCCCAACUGCAUAUUCCGUAUGGGUGGAGCUGCCAUUCUUCUCUCCAACAAGGGCCGAGACAAGGGCAGAUCCAAGUACCAGCUGGUCCACACUGUUCGAACACACAAAGGGGCUGAUGACAAAAGCUACCAAUGCGUUUACCAAAGGGAAGAUAAUAAAGGAAUUGUUGGGGUCUCAUUAGCACGCGAAUUAAUGGCGGUAGCGGGAGAUGCGUUGAAAACAAAUAUCACCACGCUGGGACCUCUGGUACUGCCUUUAAGCGAGCAAUUUAUGUUUUUUGUCACCCUUGUUAGAAAAAAGCUGUUGAAAGCGAAAGUGAAGCCCUAUAUACCAGAUUUCAAGCUUGCUUUCGAGCAUUUCUGUAUACACGCUGGGGGUAGGGCUGUUCUAGACGAGUUGCAGAAGAAUUUAGAGCUCAGUAAUUGGCACAUGGAGCCAUCCAGAAUGACUCUGCAUAGAUUCGGUAACACUUCGAGUAGCUCAUUAUGGUAUGAACUGGCAUAUACUGAAGCCAAGGGUCGGGUCUCUGGUGGAGACAGAGUGUGGCAGAUUGCUUUCGGGUCAGGUUUCAAAUGCAACAGUGCAGUGUGGAAGGCGCUCAGGGCCAUUCCUGCAGGCGAAUCAAAGGGUAACCCAUGGGCUGACUCCAUUCACAGGUACCCAGUCAAGGUUCCUGUGGCUUAACUUUGUUGAAUUCAACGAGGUGGCAUUGUUUUAUUACAUGAUUUGUAUGGUAAAGUGGAUGUAGUUCUUGCUUAGGAGGUCCUUUUUCUAUUAAUGCCCUCCCCAAGCAAGUUGUCAUAUGACAAAGAAGAUUAUAUGAUUGAUUACAGUGAAGAUCAUGCAUACUUGUGGUAUUUGAAAAUUAAUUCAGAACAGAAUAAUAAAUACUUAAGUGUAAUUCUCUUUUUAUUUACUUAAAACUAUCCUUUUUUAUUAAUUUCAAAAUUUAUA